AAUAAUAUGUAGCCAAGGCAGUGUGUGAUUGGUCCUGCUAAUCUCUGCCACAUUCCUCUGGGAGGGGUUUUAUUGUGUGUUGAGAAGGAUGGAGACUGAAUGAGUGUUGUGCACUAUGGACUUGUGAAUGCCUCUAUUUAACAGGACUCCCGCUGUCGGCUCUCACAAGUGUUGUUCCUUGGGACUGAAUGAAGCAAGAAAGAUGAGUUCGACCAAAAUCACCAACAUCGACGCGGUGGAGCUGCAAGAAGGCAUCCAGAACGCAGCCUUUCAUGAGGAUGAUGAUACAUCUGAUGCAUCAAGCUUUCGAGAGCAACUGGCCACCAGCAUGUCCGUCACCAGGCCGGAGGAGAACGAGUACACUCAGAUCAAGCCGUACGCUGGGAUGCCCAAAGAGGUCCUGAUGUUAUACUCCAGCAAAGCCUGCUACCGCAUACCUCGAGAGAUUAUUUUCUGGCUGAUCGUCGCAUGCACCCUGGCCCUUAUUGCAAUGACCGUUACGAUCGUGGCGCUGUCACCACGAUGCAUGAGCUGGUGGCAGCUGUCUCCGGUCUAUCAGGUUUAUCCACGAUCAUUCAAAGAUUCAAAUGCUGAUGGUGUUGGAGAUCUCAAAGGAAUCGAGGAGAAACUGAGUCAUUUUGAGUACCUGAACAUUAAAGCAGUCUGGAUCAGCCCUUUCUACAAGUCUCCUAUGAGAGACUUUGGAUAUGAUGUGGAGGACUUCAGGCAGAUCGAUCCCAUCUUUGGAACCAUGGAAGACUUUGACGACCUCCUGGCAAGCAUGCAUGACAAAGGUCUAAAGCUGAUCAUGGACUACAUCCCGAACCACACCAGCGACAAACACAUUUGGUUCCAACUUAGCCAAAAUGGUACAGAGCCCUAUAAAGACUACUACAUCUGGGUUAACUGCACACGAGACAAACCUCCAAACAACUGGGUGAGUGUCUUCGGGAAUUCCACCUGGGAGUACGACGAGGUGCGACAACAGUGCUAUUUCCAUCAGUUCCUCAAGGAACAGCCUGACCUUAACUACCGUAACCCUCGAGUCAUAGAGGAGAUGACGUCGACUGUGGACACAGAGUUUGAGCUGUACCAUGACUACACCUUCACACAACAGGGCUUACAUGAGAUCCUGACAAACUGGAGGAUAGAGCUGGACGACUACAGCAGAGAGCCCGGCCGCUACAGGUUCAUGGUGAUAGAGUGUUAUGAUUAUGAAGAAAUAGAUAAAACCAUGAGGUACUAUGGCACAAGCUAUGUCAAUGAAAGCGACUUCCCCUUUAACUUCUAUCUCCUCAACAGUCGGGACCCGCAGCGAACACCAAUGCAGUGGGAUGAUAAGCUCAAUGCUGGUUUUAGUGACAGUGAAAAUGGCACAUGGCUAGACAUCGCUCCAGACUACAGCACUGUCAAUGUGGAGCUUCAGCAGGCUGAUACACACUCCACCAUUUCACAGUAUCGUGCUCUGAGUUUGCUCAGGGGGGCUGAGUUGGCACUGUCCCGAGGCUGGUUCUGCUUCGUCUGGAGCGAUGUCAACGUAUUUGCUUAUUUGCGUGAGCUGGAUGGGCUCAACAAAGCCUUCCUGGUGGUUCUAAAUUUCGGCAAGGAUACUACAACAGACUUGUCUUCAGUUACUGAGUUGCCAGAUACUCUUACUGUGCAUUUAAGCACAGUGCCAAUAAGUCAAAAGACUUUCUCUAAAUCCAGAAUUCCAACAUCUCAAGGGCAAGGACUGCUCCUGGAAUAUUCCACCAAUCAGCGCUUUCACCCCAACCAUGCAUCUGAGUGCUAUGUUUCUGAGAAAGCCUGCUACUUGCCUGCACUAGAUAUUUUGUACAAGUGUUGAAGAUACUUUCUAGAAGACGUGUCUUGAGCGACACAGUGACAAACGAUAAAGGCUAUCUAUUCCUUGUUUUAUUUCGGUGGUGUCAUGCUGGCUAGUCCCGCCCACCUUGAAAUGUCAUUGGUCCAAAAUCUCACUCCAUAUUAUUGUGAUAGUGUGUAUCUUUUGUGUUAAGUGUGAACCGGCAAGUUGCCCAGUGAUGCAAACUGUUUUUGUCAGAUGAACUUUUAUUCAAAAGGAACUAGCAUCUAUGUAACAAAAUAAACGUUUGGUUUAUUAAGAAAAAUCUGAAAAACUUUUUUGUCUGGUUGUUUUUCACUCACACAUCCACACAUACAAUUUAGUUUCAUGGUUUAUGAGACUUGC